ACCAUUGCAACGAAGAAACGAUACUGUGCUGCGGCAGAUGCAAACAUGUAGACCCAGCGCUUGUGAAUCGUCUAGAACUCAGCUGAUCUGUAAACCUUCUCCACCUCUGGUCCUCCUCUCCAAAGACAGAAUGUAUCGAGCUGUUCAACUGGUGAUUGUACUGUUUGUCCCCACUAAAAUCACACGGGGAGUUGAUACUGAGAUUGCUUCGGCCGACGAGGGCUCGGUGAUGUUUCCCGGGGUGGGUGCCGAUCGACGCAGGGGUGUGGCGGUGUUCCAGUGGAAGAAGGCCGGCGGGACGGCCGGGAAGGGAAGCGCGAUGAAGCCCGUGCUGCAGUUGCACUCGGGAUCCCGGGAACCAGCUGUGAUCCGGAGUUACGCGGGACGCCUCACUUUCUUCCCACACAACGGGUCGAUGGCAUUCCAUAAUCUCACCCAACAAGACGCUGGACUCUACCAACUCUACAUCAAUCUGCAGAAGGAUGCCAUCCAAUCUGUCAGGCUGACAGUCAUGGACAGGCUGAGCGAGGUGUCAAUGUGGAGUAACUCCAGCUCUCUGGGUUCUGCCGUCCAGCUCAGCUGCGCUGUGGUUGGGAAUCCUCACGAGUACCAGUGGCGGAAAGAUGGAGGGGACAUAUCCCGACAUCAUCAACUCAUGAACGGGAACAUGAACCUCAUCAUCCCGAGGGCUUCCAGCAUCGACUGUGGGACUUACACCUGCAUCGCGAGCAACCCCGUCAGCUCCGCCCAGAAAAACCUCACCCUGACGAUCCACGGGGGAGUUGAUACUGAGAUUGCUUCGGCCGACGGGGACUCGGUGAUGUUUCCCGGGGUGGGUGCCGAUCGACGCAGGGGUGUGGCGGUGUUCCAGUGGAAGAAGGCCGGCGGGACGGCCGGGAAGGGAAGCGCGAUGAAGCCCGUGCUGCAGUUGCACUCGGGAUCCCGGGAACCAGCUGUGAUCCGGAACAGGCUGAGCGAGGUGUCGGUGUGGAGUAACUCCAGCUCUCUGGGUUCUGCCGUCCAGCUCAGCUGCGCUGUGGUUGGGAAUCCUCACGAGUACCAGUGGCGGAAAGAUGGAGGGGACAUAUCCCGACAUCAUCAACUCAUGAACGGGAACAUGAACCUCAUCAUCCCGAGGGCUUCCAGCAUCGACUGUGGGACUUACACCUGCAUCGCGAGCAACCCCGUCAGCUCCGCCCAGAAAAACCUCACCCUGACGAUCUACGUUUCUCCUCUGGUCGUUUCCCCCUCGUUGUUUCUCACAGGGGGAGUUGAUACUGAGAUUGCUUCGGCCGACGGGGACUCGGUGAUGUUUCCCGGGGUGGGUGCCGAUCGACGCAGGGGUGUGGCGGUGUUCCAGUGGAAGAAGGCCGGCGGGACGGCCGGGAAGGGAAGCGCGAUGAAGCCCGUGCUGCAGUUGCACUCGGGAUCCCGGGAACCAGCUGUGAUCCGGAGUUACGCGGGACGCCUCACUUUCUUCCCACACAACGGGUCGAUGGCAUUCCAUAAUCUCACCCAACAAGACGCUGGACUCUACCAACUCUACAUCAAUCUGCAGAAGGAUGCCAUCCAAUCUGUCAGGCUGACAGUCAUGGACAGGCUGAGCGAGGUGUCGGUGUGGAGUAACUCCAGCUCUCUGGGUUCUGCCGUCCAGCUCAGCUGCGCUGUGGUUGGGAAUCCUCACGAGUACCAGUGGCGGAAAGAUGGAGGGGACAUAUCCCGACAUCAUCAACUCAUGAACGGGAACAUGAACCUCAUCAUCCCGAGGGCUUCCAGCAUCGACUGUGGGACUUACACCUGCAUCGCGAGCAACCCCGUCAGCUCCGCCCAGAAAAACCUCACCCUGACGAUCUACGGUGUUCCCGCAGAGCAGAUUGUGGUCAUGAUGGUUUGGGCAUCGGGACUGUUAUAUUCUGGUUUGCCUCUUAUUGGCUCGACAUUUCUGUGUGCCUAUAAGUGUGCGCCGAUAACAGAAUCUGGGAAGAUAUUAUUUCAACUCCUGACAUGGCUCUCCAGUUGGAAUACACCAUCUCUUGUCAUCAUCCACAUUGCCCUCGUUUCCUGGAUCGUUAUUAAAGGUACAUUCACUGUAAUAACAGGGUCUUUGUACAUUGUGUCUGCCCUGUUCUUGACCAUAAUCGCACUGAUGACCAUUCCGAAGUUGCAACAUCCCAGUGUUUUAAACUUUGUCGAGUUGACAGGUUUCAAGAUUUUACUUGAAUUUAGUCAAACCAUUGUGAUCCCAAUGUCAAUCAUUGAGUUGAAGGAAACAUUUGGACAGAUGAAUAUCGACAGUGUGUCCAGAAUACUCGCCGACAUGAUCUCCUCCACCGAACUGCGGAGUAUUUGUCAAAUAACUGCCAUCUUAUGCACAUUGUGUGAAAUUGUGAUUUGCGGGAGCUCCAAGCAAGACCAUACAGAGGCAGACGGCCGCUUCCUCGAUCGUGCGUGCUUGCAACUGGCCAGUCUGGGCCGGCCUUUCCAGUUGGGAAUGCUGUACGACUGCCGAUCAGAUGCUCUGAUCCCAGGCAUCACCUUGUGGGACUUGCAGACACUGCAGAGCAACCUUGACUGUCGUGACCAGCCCAGCACUGAGUUUCACAUCAUUGCAUCAGACUCCAUGGAGAAGAAAGCCGCUGCCCUCAAUGUGUCAGGGUCACUGAAAGCGAGUUUCCUGGGUGGGUUAGUGGAGGUGAAAGGGUCGGCAAAAUAUCUCAGAGACACGAAGGAAUCAAAGCAACAAGCACGAGUUACCCUUCAGUACAAAGCAACAACCAGGUUUGAACAACUGACAAUGAGUCACUUAGGGAUACAGAAUAUUACCUACCCGAGUGUGUUUGAUGAGGGCUCAGCCACCCAUGUCAUUACAGCAGUGCUGUAUGGGGCCCAGGCCUUCUUUGUGUUUGAUCGAAUGACUUCUUCAGCAGAGAACACACAGAAUAUUCAGGGCAACAUGGAGGUGAUGAUUAAACGUCUCCCUAUGAUUGCGAUUGAGGGAGAGGCCUCCCUAGAAAUGACAGAAGAACAGAGCUCUCAGGCCGAGAAGUAUAGCUGCACAUUUUACGGGGACCUCUCGCUGAAGAACAAUCCCACCACCUACCGAGAUGCCAUCAAUAUCUACGCAGCACUCCCACACCUGCUGGGCUCAGGUGGAGAACAUUCAGUGCCUGUUGCAGUCUGGCUCUAUCCUCUCAAUAAACUGGACACCAAAGCUGCUCAGUUGGUGAGGGAGAUCAGGGUGGGACUGGUCAAUCGCUGCCAGUGUGUCCUGGAACAGCUCAGUGAGGCCGCGAUGAGGUGCAAUGACCUGAUGAAAGACAGUGUCGCAGUUCAAUUUCCUGAGAUCCGGGACAGGAUACGUCAAUUCCGAGAGAAGUGUCUGCAGUAUAAACUGGUUUUCCAAGGGACCUUAGCCAGAGUUUUGCCGUCCAUUCGGGGCGGUGGGAAGGAGGAAGGGUUGCUGGCGGACAUACUGCAGAACAGGGAGCAGUCACCAUUUAAACACCAAGCACUGACCACAUGGCUGGAUGACAAGGAAUGGGAGAUGAUGGUUGUGGGACUUUGCCUCAGGAUAAUGAUAGACAUACCUGUUGUGAAAUCAAGGAGAGAGUUGCAUAAAGUGUUGAUGGAUCCAGUAACAGACUACGUGGUCUGCUUCACAUUCACAACACUGCAUCAGGAGGAUUUCUACCUGACGGAGGCAAUCAACUACCUCCAAUCUCUAACAGCAGAGAAAAUGCAGAUGCCACCUCCUACUGAUGGAGCCUGUACAACCCAACACAGCGAGCGCUGGUUUCACUCAUUGGCUAUAACUGAGAAGAUGAAGGAACGGUCCAAAUUGUUCCUGGAUUUUGCCACAGCCAACAGUGGUGACGAGAAAGUAAAAUUCCUUGUUGGAUCCGCACAGGAUGACAGUAACGUGGGUGCAUCUAUUUACGCGUAUGGGGGAGGGAUUGUGAGGAGCAGCUUCUUUGAACCCCCGUCUCAGCCUGAGAGACCAACAGCGAGUGGGACAACACAUGACAGUGUGACGCUGCAGUUAGAGCCACCCACAUGUGGUUCUGAUGAGAUUGUGGGCUACAAGGUAGAGUAUCGAGGUAGCCAGCAGGAGAAAUGGAUAAUACUAGAUACACCUGACAUAUCCCACUCCUUCAGGAUAUCUGGGUUGGAGCCACACCAGGAAUAUAACAUCCGAUACAGAGCAGUGACCAAAGUAGGGGUCAGCAAGGCCAGUGAGAUCUACAAGGUCUCCACCCAUCCGACAAGUCCACCUGGUAAACCGGUCUUCCAGGAUCAGUCACCCAAUCCAUCAUUGUCCUGGGACGGACCAAGUCAGAUUGGAGCUGAUGUUGAAAUUAAUCAGUAUAGGAUUGAAUAUAGAGAAGAACCAUCAGUUAAGUCCAACACGGAAGGUGGAUUAUGGGAGCACGUUCAGACAACAGACACACAAUGCUACUAUAAUUUAGAGGGACUGAAAUCCGAGACAGUCUACAGAGUCCGAGUGUCGGCUGAUUGUGGAGAAGCAGGUUCCAGUGCCGCAACAAACAAGAUGAAGACAAUUAUGAUUAUGGGACCAACUGGGUCAGGAAAGACAACCCUCAUCAAUGGGAUGAUCAACUACAUCUUGGGUGUGGAAUGGGAGGACAACUUCAGAUACCAGUUAAUACAGGAAGAGACAGGAAAUUCCCAGGAUGAGAGUCUGGCCCACACAUUCACAAUCUACUAUCGCCAUCAUCAGACCAGCGCGUUCCCGGCCCAGACCAGCGCGUUCCCGGCCCAGACCAGUGCGUUCCCGGCCCAGACCAGCGCGUUCCCGGCCCAGACCAGCGCGUUCCCGGCCCAGACCAGCGCGUUCCCGGCCCAGACCAGCGCGUUCCCGGCCCAGACCAACUGUCAACGGUCGCUCCAACAUCUUUGGCAGCCCCGCCCAUCACGUGACGAGCGUGGGGCGGGGCGGCCGUUGCUAUUCCCCGGCCAUCACGUGACUGGGGUUGGUUGGUCGGAGCGACCUCCCUUGCUGUCCCCCCCGUCACGUGGCGAGCGGGAGGAGGGCGUGGGGCCGUUGAAGCCCCACCAUGUGACGAGGGUGGUGUCGGACGGUCACGAAGCAAAUGCGGCGCACCGUCACUGUCCCCGUCACGUGGCGACCCCGGGAGACUGGGACCAGGAGAUGGCUUUCGUCAGCAUUUUGCAGAAGUACAUGAUGGACAUCCUCUCCAAUUUGGGGGUUGUGCAGGGGAUCAGGAACGAGAUCCAACUGCUCUACACUGAUGGAUAG